AUGUCUCUCCCCCUCUCUUAUCCCGGCCUUCGAUGUAUUCUGGAGAACUUGGAGGCAGUUAAACGAGCACAUAUUGUUGGCCACUCUCCAGGCCUUCAAAAAGUGGAUAAAUUGAUUUCACUUCGUUUGAAGGAUUUCUUAAUUCACAGAAACGAAUUAAAUGUUAACAAUUUAAUGAUUAUAUGUGAUAAAGACGAAGUGAUAUUCAAAAUGAAUGGGAAAACAUUCAGCCGACAUGUAUCAGAGAGCCAAGAAGAUAAAAUGAAGAAAUUGAUCAACUUUUAUAUUUAUGGAAGGUCAAUCAUCCAUUUGGGCAGUUUGGAUUGGGGUCAAAGUUUGCUCGCCGAUUUCUUGCCGGUCGGUACGAAAUUUAGAGUGAAUUCUUUGACUGCACCUCCAUGGCAAUUCGAUACCUUACUUCCUUUUAUAGACUCACGCAGUUUUCCUCUUAAAACUAUGGCCACAAUCUCCAAGCCGUCAAUCUUUGACAGCCAUAUGGCCACCACAGCUGAAACUCUCACUCUAUUAUCAUGUUUUUCUGUUACCAUCACAUUUGAAGAACUGAAAAAGCUAAACAACAAGAGAGUGGAAUUUGAACGUUUUCGCUACUCUAAAAUUGAUAUAAUUCCAUUGAUUAAGUAUCAGAUAGAGACUAAGAAAACUACAGGAACAACAUUUGUGAUUGCAACAGAUGACAAAGAUUUCAUCAGUGAGAAGUUACGUGAGUUUGAACAAGCGUUUGGUGAAUACAGAAGUGACUUGGAUGAUCUCGAUGAGAGAUUCCUCCCAGGAUCUUCUAAAUUCUCUAUCCCAAUCAACAUCGACUCCAAAAUCCAAGUGUAUGCAAUUGAGGAGCCAGAAGAAGAUGGUCCCUAUAAAAUAAUUGUGAAACCAGUCUUGGCAUUAUGA